AGGAGCCUCCGUCUCCGUCCCUCAGCCAGCGUACCACAGCCGGAAGCUCGCACCGGCCGGCUUCCAGCUUCCGGCAGGGGGCGUCGCACGUCCCCAGUCCACAAUCCCUCCUCUUCCGCUUCCGACUUGUCACCAACGCGAGAUCGUGAUCUGAUCCCGGGGUCAGAUCCACCACACCCGCCCACCAACCCAUCCCCCGCCCCGGCCAUGUCGGCGGCCGUCGAGGAGCAGAUGGUCGUCAAAGCCAUCGGGGAGGAGUGCCCCUGGGAGUCCCUCCCCAAGCGUCUCCAGUCCACGCUCCACACCAAGGACGAGUGGCAUCGCAGGAUUGUGGAUUAUUGCAUCCGAAAACGAUUACAAUGGAAUACCUGCUUUGCCCGUAGAGUUUACAGAGAAGGGGAAUACUAUGAAGAAAUGAUGCGCUAUCUCCGGCGGAAUCUUGCACUAUAUCCAUAUCAUCUUGCAGACUAUAUAUGCCGAGUUUUGAGGAUCUCACCAUUCAGAUAUUACUGUGACAUCCUGUUUGAAACUAUGAAGAACGAACAACCAUAUGAUAGUAUUCCAAACUUCACUGCUGCUGAUGCCCUAAGGCUUACUGGAGUUGGAAGAAAUGAAUUUAUUGAUAUUAUGAACAAAUGCAGAUCAAAGAAACUAAUGUGGAAACUGAACAAAUCAAUCGCAAAAGAUUUACUGCCUACACAGCCUGUGGACUUUCCAAUCGAACCUUGGUGGGGAGUUUGUCUUGUUAAUUUUACAUUGGAAGAGUUCAAGAAACUUUCAGAAGAAGAAACAUCAACCAUAGACAAAAUAUGCAAAGAGGAAGCCAAUUCAUAUGUUCUUUUUGAUCCGAAGAUUGUAAAUGACUUCUACAAAAGAGGGUUAGUGUACUUUGAUGUGCCUGUUUACACUGAUGACCGCUUCAAAGUUUCUAGGCUUGAAGGCUUUGUUUCUAACAAGGAUCAAUCCUAUGAAGACCCGAUUGAAGAGCUACUUUAUGCUGUAUUUGUUGUGUCAAGUGCUAAUGCUACAGUUGCUGAAUUGGCUGCAACUUUACAAGCUGACCUUUAUCAGCUGCAGGCAGCAGCAUCAUUUGCAUGUCGACUGGGCUGGGCUGUAAAACUCGUGGAUGCUGGCUCUGUACUUAAAGAUGAAGGUGGACCUGGAUUUCCCAGUAACAUUCUCAGUGAUGAUGAAGAAGGUUCAAAUGCAAGUAUCAACUCGGAAAUGUCUGGUUCACAGUCGAUUACUAUCGACACUAAUGGACCCAGGAAAAUCUCUGGGACUGCUCAUGUAGGCUUUGUUGUUGAUGCCAAUGUUACUUCAUACCUAAUGAUGGGUUCAUUAUCGCCAGGUCUAAAAUCUCAUGCUGUCACGCUGUACGAAGCUGGAAAGUUAGGUGAUUCUUGCAUUGCGGAACUAUGUAGUGAUCUGGCUAGUUUAGAAGGAAAGAAAUUUGAGGGCGUGCUAGAGGAGUUUGCUAAUCAUGCAUUCAGUCUGCGAUGGUCCUUGGAGUGUUUAAAGUCGGGUGGAGUUUCUACCAACGAGAAUACUGAUGAUGCUGGUGAAGUAAAGACUCCAACAAGCCCCUUGCAUGACAAUGUUACCGCCCAUCUGGCCAAGGUGAACAUUGAGGACGCAACUGAUGAUGGCAAUGAUGAAGUGCCUCAGGAUAACCACUAUACUGGUGUUUUAGAUAGUAAAGAUCAAAAUACAUCAUCUAUAUCAAUGGAGUUACCGGAAAGUGGGGAAAACAUGGGUACAAUUGAGGUUGAGAAUGGCUCAACUGACACCACUGCUUUAAUGAUUAAAAGGAAGUACACUGUUGAUGUCCUGCGAUGCGAGAGCUUAGCUUCACUUGCUCCAGCAACACUGGAACGGCUAUUUCUCCGUGACUAUGACAUUAUUGUGUCAAUGGUUCCUCUUCCUUCUUCCUCAGUUCUUCCUGGUCCUUCAGGCACAAUUCAUUUUGGUCCACCCUCUUAUGCUUCAAUGACACCUUGGAUGAAGCUAGUAUUGUAUACUGCAGGACAUUGUGGACCAUUAUCUGCUGUCUUCAUGAAAGGACAACGCUUCAGAAUGCUGCCAGAACCGUUAGCUGGUUGUGAAAAGGCACUGAUAUGGUCUUGGGAUGGCUCUGUGGUUGGUGGGCUGGGAGGAAAGUUUGAAGGGAAUUUGGUCAAGGGCAAUUUACUCUUGCACUGCUUGAACUCAAUGUUGAAACAAUCUGCUGUGUUGGUGCAACCGCUAGGCAUAAAUGAUCUUAGCACGUCAGGAAACCUUGUCACUGUGGAUAUCCCUUUACCCCUGAAGAAUGAUGAUCCUUCAAUUGAAGCUGUGGUAGCUCAAGCUAAUUUGCCAAAGGAACAGGUCUUCAAUUUUACCUCAGUACUGAAAGACAUAUCAAGUAAAUUUGACUUGAGCACAAUUGGCUACCUUCGUUUACUAAGACUUAACAGGCUUGUUGAAUCGGAUAGCUUUCAUUCCGAACAUUCAAGUUACCAGUGGGUGCCCUUGAGUUUGGAGUUUGGAAUGCCUUUGUUCAAUCCAAACUUAUGUGAGAGGAUUUGUGAAAGGAUUGUUGCUUCCCGUAUACUCCAGAAAGAUGAUCUCACUGAACAUUAUGAUGUGAUGCAAAAUGUUAGAAGACGGCUAAGAGAACUUUGUAGUGAAUAUCAAGCAACUGGUCCGGUAGCAAAGCUAUUUAACAAGCGAGGAAGCUCAAGGGAUUUACCUCGCACUUUAAUCAAUAGUAUUAGUAGCAGAUGGAAUCCAACUAAUGAUCCGUCAACGCAAACGAACAUAGGAGCCCCAAGUCUAGGUGGGCGACAAAGAGGCCACACAAAAGUUUUGGGCUUUGAUGGGAGCACUGUCAGGCCAUAUGCCCUUUCUUCGGAGCAUGAUGAGGCUACAACCAUACCGAUCUCUGACGAACGAUCAUCCACCCAUGAUGGAAAACCGGAGCCAGAAGAUGCAGACAGCACAUAUGUAGUCUUACCAGGAGUAAACCUUAUAUUUGACGGGGUUGAAUUACAUCCCUUCGAUAUUGGUGCUUGCCUUCAAGCGCGCCAACCACUCUGGCUGAUAGCCGAGGCAUCAACAGCCUCAUCAACCUUUGUAUGACGUGUACAUGUGGCGAUCUCAUUUUUACUCCAGCAUAUCCAUCAGAAAUUUAUAACUGAAAUGCUGCAACAAAUGCUACGCAUAAAUCUGAUUUUGUCAAUCUUGACUUUGAGGAUUCAUUGAGGGGGAGAUUUUGUUGUACAAAGGUUUGCUGCUGUUUAAUUUGCCAUGCGAUGAUUUCCAUGGGAACUGACCGCACAGUUCUCAUCAGCUCGGAGAAUGCAUUUGUUGAGG